AUGGGAGGCUUCACCGACGAAGACUGGGCCAGCGUGUCCACGGAGCUGCCCACCACAGAAGAUGCCGUCAUCAAGCAGUAUCUCAAAGGCCGCGAGAGCUUGAUCGCUGAGGAGCAUAAAAAGAGGAGCGAUUAUGCUUUCCGCCAGGGACUCUCUCCCAUUGCUCGGAAAGCAUGUGCGAUCGUUGACCGCAUCCGCGCUGACGAACGCCGCCGCAUCUGGACGCCGAAACUCGAGGAGAAGAUUGCUACGGGCGAGGGAGGACCCGACGCUGGCCGCGAUGACGGUGCAGGCAUGACCCUCUACCCCGGCCAAGUGUUCACACAUGCCAAGGGCCUAAUUGAGCAAACCGCACUUUGGAAGAUUGUACGCAAGCUGCCCAAGGGCUCCCUUCUGCACGCCCAUUGUGACGCCAUUGUCAACUUUGAGUUUGUUUUCAACGUGCUGCUCGAGACGCCGGGCCUGCACAUAGUCGGCACUUCGGGCCCGCUGGCCACGCCGGCCCAGCUCGCCGAGCGUGUCGUGACCUUUCCCUACCGCAAAGUCGCACAUCACGUUGUGACCGAGGCCGAGAGCAAGGCUAGCGGCGGCACCAAGAAGGCCAACCCGGCGCCCUGGGACCCGAGCUAUGUGGCUGGCACACCGGUGCUGCUGACCGAGGCGGCAGACGCGUUCCCUGAUGGUGGGCGCAAGGGUUUUGUUGCCUGGCUGAAGACACGCUGUACCAUCUCUCAGCUCGAUGCCAUCGAACAGCACCACGGCCUCGACCACAUCUGGGAAAAAUUCCAUAAAUGUUUCAUGAUGAUGGGCGCCAUGAUCCACUACGAGCCCGUGUGGCGCGCGUUCCUGCGCCAACUGAUGCGCCAAAUGUUCGACGACGGCCUGAGCUGGGUUGAGGUGCGCAUCAAGUGGCCCUGCGACUACCACCGUGAGGGCAGCGAGGAGCCCGAGCCGGACUACCUGCAUCUGUUUGGCGUGGCCGAGGAAGAGGUGGAGAAAUUCCGCAAGGAGACCAACAAUGCCUUUUGGGGCCUGCGCUUUAUUUGGACCGAGCUGCGCAGUUUCGGCGCCCGCGCCAUUACCGAGAAUAUGGACUACUGCAUCACCACCAAGCUGGCCUACCCGCAGAUGAUUGCCGGCUACGACGUUGUGGGCCAGGAGGAUCUGGGCCGUCCACUCAAGGACCUGCUGCCCGAGUUGUUCUGGUUCCGCAAGCAGUGUGCGGAGGAGGGCGUCAACAUUCCCUUCUUCUUCCACGCAGGCGAGUGCCUGGGCGACGGCGACGAUACCGACAACAACGUCUUUGACGCCAUUCUGCUGGGGACGCGCCGCAUCGGCCACGGCUUCAGUCUGUAUAAGCACCCGCUGCUCAUCGAUCUCGUCAAGGACAAGCGCAUCCUCAUCGAGUCGUGUCCCAUCAGUAACGAGAUUCUGCGUUUGUGCGGCAGCAUCCUGUCGCACCCGCUGCCUGCCCUGUUGGCGCGCGGCGUGCCCUGCGGCCUCAACAACGACGACCCGGCCAUCCUGGGCCAAGACUUGGAGGGUGUCUCGCACGACUUCUGGCAGGCCCUUCAGGGUUGGGAAAACCUGGGCCUCGCGGGUCUGGGCUCCCUCGCCGAGAAUAGUGUGCGGUGGUCGGCCUUUGAGGACGAGACCAACGAGGAGUGGACACAGCACAUCCGCGAGGCGUCUCUGGGCAACAGCAUCAAAGCGCAGCGUCUCAAGGAGUGGAGCGUGCAGUGGGAGAAGUUUUGUUUGUGGGUUGUGACCGAGUACGGCGAGCAGUAUGGAGACGACGAGUAG